GACCAGCCCCCCAAGCAGUUCACCUUCGACGGCGCCUACUACAUGGACCACUUCACCGAGCAGAUCUACAACGAGAUCGCCUACCCGCUUGUGGAGGGUGUCACCGAGGGCUACAACGGCACCAUCUUUGCCUAUGGCCAGACGGGCAGCGGGAAGUCCUUCACCAUGCAGGGCCUGCCGGACCCGCCCUCCCAGAGGGGCAUCAUCCCCCGGGCCUUCGAGCACGUCUUUGAGAGUGUCCAGUGUGCGGAGAACACCAAGUUCCUGGUUCGGGCCUCCUACCUAGAGAUCUACAACGAGGACGUCCGCGACCUGCUGGGGGCCGACACCAAGCAGAAGCUGGAGCUGAAGGAGCACCCGGAGAAGGGCGUGUACGUGAGGGGUCUGUCCAUGCACACAGUGCACAGCGUGGCCCAGUGCGAGCGCAUCAUGGAGACGGGCUGGAAGAACCGGUCGGUGGGCUACACGCUGAUGAACAAGGACUCCUCCCGCUCCCACUCCAUCUUCACCAUCAGCAUCGAGAUCUACGCUGUGGAUGAGCGGGGCAAGGACCACCUCCGCGCGGGCAAGCUGAACCUGGUGGACCUGGCGGGCAGUGAGCGCCAGUCCAAGACGGGGGCCACGGGCGAGCGGCUCAAGGAGGCCACCAAGAUCAACCUGUCGCUGUCGGCGCUGGGCAACGUCAUCUCGGCCCUGGUGGACGGGCGCAGCAAGCACAUCCCCUACCGGGACUCGAAGCUGACCCGGCUGCUGCAGGACUCGCUGGGCGGCAACACCAAGACCCUGAUGGUGGCCUGCCUGUCGCCUGCCGACAACAACUACGACGAGACGCUCAGCACUCUGCGCUACGCCAACCGGGCCAAGAACAUCAAGAACAAGCCGCGCAUCAACGAGGACCCCAAGGACGCCCUCCUGCGGGAGUACCAGGAGGAGAUCAAGAAGCUCAAGGCCAUUCUGGCCCAGCAGAUGAGCCCCGGGAACCUGUCAGCCCUGCUGGCCAGCCAGGUGCCCCUAAACUCCGUCCAGACAGAGGAGAAGCUGUUGUCCCCCACAGUGAUCCAGCCCGACACAGAGGCGGAGAAGCAGUUGAUCCGGGAGGAGUACGAAGAGCGCCUGGCCCGGCUGAAGGCCGACUACGAGGCGGAGCAGGAGUCCAGGGCCAGGCUGGAGGAGGACAUCACUGCCAUGCGCAACUCGUACGACGUGAAGCUGUCCACGCUGGAGGAGAACCUGCGCAAGGAGACAGAGGCUGUCCUGAAGGCAGAAGUCCUCUACAAGACCGAGGUCAUGUCCAAGGCCGAGUUUGCCAGCAGCUCUGAGUAUUCCCCCACCUUCCAGUAUGAGAUGGCCGUGAAGCCCGAGAUCUAUUCCAUGCCCGACACUCUGCCCAGCGAGGCCGUCCCCAGCCUGGAGGAGAGGCCUGAGGUGGAAACCACCAAGUCUGAGGUUUCUUUUGGGUCUGAUGAGUCUUCUGCACCGGAAGGAACCUCCCUGUUCGAGACCUUCCCUGGGCGCGAGGAGUCCCCCAACGUGGAGUUUUUUGCGCCCGAUGAGCUGGAGGCCAAGGGCGGGUACUUCCAGGAUGAGGGUCUCAGCCAGGAGGCUUCGGACCCCCUGCAGGAGGGGGAGAGCUUCCUCCAGGAAGAGGGGCCGCAGCUGCUGCCCCUGGGGCUGUUGCCGGGCCUGCCCGACCCGUUCGCAGAGGUGGAAGCCAAGCUGGCCAGGCUGACCUCCACCAUGGCUGGGGUGGACACGCCCCCACCGGAUGUCUCUAAGGCCCCCGUUCAGCACGCCGCCCCGACAGAUCAGCUGGAGCCUGGGAUCCUCGGCGCUGAAGCUGAGGUGACCGACGAUCUGCCCAGGACCUUUGUGGCACAGGACACAGAGAGCGAGAGGAAGGCGUUGACGCAGCCCCCGCCCACGGAGGGGGAGAGCCAGACGCCGGCCCCGGGACCCCCGCACUGGGAGGUUGAUCUGGGACCGGAAGUGAACGAGGAGGUGAUGUUGGCCACCGAGCCAGGUGUGGGGCCAGAGGUGGAGGCCGCGGAGGCCACGGAGGAGGCUCAGCCUCGGCCCCCGCUGGGCUUGGCGGCGGCAAGGAAGGACAGCGUGGGCACGGAGGCGGCAGUGCUGACUGACCAGCGGCUGGUGCUCGCCCGUCUGCAGCUGCUGGAGCAGCAGGUGGUCGGCGGGGAGCAGGCCAAGAACAAGGACCUGAAGGAGAAGCACAGGCGGAGGAAGCGGUAUGCUGACGAGCGCAAGAAGCAGCUGGUGGCGGCCCUGCAGAACUCGGACGAGGACAGCGGGGACUGGGUGCUGCUCAACGUUUACGACUCCAUCCAGGAGGAAGUGAGGGCCAAGAGCAAGCUGCUGGAGAGGAUGCAGAGGAAGCUUCGGGCAGCAGAGGUGGAGAUCAAAGACCUGCAGUCGGAGUUCGAGCUGGAGAAGAUUGACUAUCUGGCCACCAUCCGUCGGCAGGAGCGCGACUCUCUGCUCUUCCAGCAGCUCCUGGAGCAGGUGCAGGCUCUGAUUCGCAGGGACUGUAACUACAGCAACCUGGACAAGAUCCGGCGGGAGUCCUGCUGGGAUGAAGAUAAUGGCUUCUGGAAGAUUCCUGAGCCCCUCAUCAUGAAAACCAGCCUCCCAGUAGCAGUUUCCGCAGGGCCACAGAACAAACCAGCCCGCAGAGCCUCUGCUGUGGACGGCAGCGAGCCAGGCGUGGAAGAAGACCGCUACAAGCUGAUGCUCAGCCGGAGUGACAGUGAAAACAUCGCGAGUAACUACUUCCGGUCGAAGCGGGCCAGCCAGAUCCUCAGCUCAGACCCCAUGAAGAGCCUCACGCGUCACAACUCGCCGCCAGGCCUCAGCUCCCCACUCAGCACCAACCCUGCCAUCCCACCCACCCAGGCCCCCGAAAUGCCACAACCCCGGCCCUUCCGCCUCGAGUCCCUCGACAUCCCCUUUGCCAAGGCCAAGCGUAAGAAAAGCAAAAGCAGCUUUGGUAGUGAGCCUCUGUGAACAGUGCCGGCUGCUGCCCCGCCUGGGCUUUCGUGACUCCCC